CACUCUGACACUCCUGAAGUUGCCAAGGUAGACAAGGGCGACGAGAGGGUUUCGAAUUGGCGCCAACCAUUCCCCACAAUCCCGCCUUCCAGCUCUAGGGUUUCCACCCACUGCCAUGGCGGGAGCCACCGCCGCCACUCCCAUGGACAUCGACGCCGCCGCGCCGCCCCCUCCGCCGGCCGGAGCGGCGCCGAAGGGCAAGGCGCCGCUUUGUGCCCCCGGGAGGGCCGCGCCAUGGGUCGAGAAGUACCGGCCCCAGUCCCUCGCCGACGUCGCCGCCCACCGCGACAUCGUCGACACCAUCGACAGGCUCACCAAUGAGAAUAGACUUCCACAUUUGUUGCUGUAUGGGCCACCUGGCACUGGGAAAACAUCGACGAUACUGGCGGUUGCAAGGAAGCUAUAUGGGUCUCAGUAUAGCAACAUGAUUCUAGAACUCAACGCAUCAGAUGAACGUGGUAUUGAUGUUGUAAGGCAGCAGAUCCAGGAUUUUGCUGGCGCACGCAGCCUCUCUUUUGGGGCAAGGCCUUCUGUUAAGUUGGUCCUCUUGGAUGAAGCAGAUGCAAUGACUAAGGAUGCACAGUUUGCAUUGCGAAGAGUCAUUGAAAAGUAUACAAGGAGCACAAGGUUUGCACUCAUAUGCAACCAUGUCAACAAAAUUAUCCCUGCAUUACAAUCAAGGUGCACUAGGUUUAGAUUUGCUCCACUUGAUGGCAGUCAUGUUAGAGAGCGUCUUCAGCAUAUAAUAAAAUCUGAGGGGCUCAGUGUAGAUGAGGGUGGCUUGACAGCCCUAGUGCGGUUAAGCAAUGGUGAUAUGAGGAAGGCUUUGAAUAUAUUGCAGUCAACACACAUGGCAUCCCAACAAAUCACAGAAGAAGCUGUCUAUCUUUGCACAGGAAACCCCAUGCCAAAAGAUAUUGAGGAGAUAGCAUUUUGGCUACUAAAUGAGCCAUUUUCAACCAGCUUCCAAUGUAACCUUUGUUACCUUUAUCAAUAUGAUCCUUCUAAUAAUUCAUUGUCUAAUGUAUGUUUCCUUAUCUGUUUAGAUAUAUCUGACAUGAAGAUGAGAAAAGGGCUGGCCUUGGUUGAUAUCAUACGGGAGGUUACUAUGUUUGUGUUCAAAAUACAAAUGCCAUCCGGUGUUCGUGUAAAACUGAUUAAUGACCUGGCUGAUAUUGAGUACAGGCUAAGCUUUGCAUGCAAUGACAAACUGCAGCUAGGCGCACUGAUCUCAACUUUCACCAAUGCUCGCACGGCUAUGGUUGCCGCCGCCAGCUAAUGCAGUAAUGUGAUGGAUCUUUUUGUUGCCCUUUGCUGCCCCCACACUGGAACCUGGAGAUGAAGCACAGCUACCUUUGUGGGUCACCAUCUUGUCUGUAGUUAGCAAGCUGUGGGUCACCUUCUUGUCUGUAGUUAACAAGCUGAAAAGGGUGAGGGUUGUCUUAGAUCUGUAUGCUGCUGGGAUGCGAUGUCCUGGAACUUGGGAGUUUCCCAUAACUGAAUACUGUCGGGCGUUGUUGAGCUAUGAUGCAUGUAAUAUUUUAUCCAGUAGUGAAGUAACUAUAACCGAAGUUCUUCAUUGA